CCGGCAAUUUUUUGUUAUCCGAUCCCGUCCCUUCACCACGUUGUUUUUUUCAGUUUUCAGUUACUUCGUCCUUGAAGUUAUUUUAUUAAACCAAUCAAAGGCAAUCCAGCAAACCAGUUUGAAGAUGGCGACCGUCGUCGGGCCGGACGGACGUCCUCACUACGUCUACACCAUCAGUGGAGUCCGUGUCGAGUUUCCGGCCAAGGCUUAUCCCUCGCAGAUUGCCAUGAUGGAUAAAGUGAUUCGAGGAUUGCAGCGAGGCCAACAUUGUCUACUGGAGAGUCCGACCGGAUCCGGCAAAACGUUGGCGUUGUUGUGCGCCUCUCUGGCGUGGCAGCGAGCGGAAGCAGAAAAUGUCCGAAAGUUCAACGAAGUCGUCGAAGCCAGCGCGCGGGCCAACCUGAAAUCGGUGCCGAUCCAAUCAGCUGAUGCCACCGAUACUAAAGUGGGCUUACCAUCGUCGGCAAACUGGAACGCUCGACAGCCGAUCAAAAACGAGUCGGUGUAUUUCGCAGACAAUUCGAAUGUGAAAAAGGAAUCGGUCAGCGACAUGUCGGCCUUUUAUUCCGAUGACAACAGCGAUGACGAUUUCAAAAUGCCGACCAAGAAACGGACCAAGAUGUCGAAAUCACCGGCCGAAAAGCCGGCCAUUCGGCCAGCAGCUGCAACGGCAGUCGAAAUGGAGGACGUGAAGAAGGAAAGAGCGACGUUGGCGGGCGAUGGACAGGUCGAGUCACCUGCCGAACAAGCGUUCGUUCAACGCAAGCAAAGGAUUCCCAAGAUCUUUUUCGGAACGCGGACGCAUAAGCAAAUCACUCAAGUGGUCAAAGAAUUCCGCCGCACCGUCUACUCCAAGACUCCGAUGGGCGUGCUGGCCAGCCGGGAGCAUACUUGCAUCCAUCCGGAGGUGUCACGCUCUUCCAACAAGAACGAAGGUUGCAAAACGUUGAAUGACCCUCGAUUGGCUCGACAAGACAAGAUCCAACAGGUUGGAUGUUCCUAUCGUUGGCAAGGCAAAGAAAAGCUCAAAACGCAAGGACAAAUUCGUAAUUACGGCUUGGACAAAGGCUGGGAUAUCGAAGAUCUGGUGGGUUUAGGUCGGCGAAUUCGCGUUUGCCCGUACUACGCUUCGCGCGACUUAGCGGAGCAAGCGCAAAUCGUGUUUAGCCCUUACAAUUACCUGAUUGAUCCGAAGGUGCGUCGGGCAAUGAAGAUCCCUAUUGAUAAAAAUGUCAUCAUCCUCGACGAAGCGCACAAUAUUGAAGACUGCGCUCGCGAAUCGGCUGGUGGCUCUUGGUCGCAAGAGGAUUUUCAUUUGGCUCUCAAUGACUGCGAAAAAAUUGGCAACCGGCACCCGACAAUGGAGAGAGAAAUCGAUCGGCUGGCCAAAUUCUCCUCGUACAUGAUGCAAUGGAUCGGCAAACACGCACCGAACAUGAAGAGCGUUGGCUUCGACCGCGAGGUUCACGUUAUGAACGGCACGGAAUUCAUAGCCAAUUUGAGUGUCGACGGUUACGGUCCGGAAACGUUGACCGAACUCAAGGCGAUCAUCGAUUACAUCUUCAACGAACAACUCGAGUCGGACUUUAAUGACAAAGAGGAGAACCAAGAGCCACAGUUGUCGGCCGUCACUCAGACUCUACUUGAAGGAUUUCUCAUGAUCGUCGAUUUGAUGUUGAGUGGCAAUCACGUCCGUCGUGACGACUAUCGAGCCGUCGUCGUCCGUACUGUCGAGAGGAAACAGAAAAAACAAGCGGGGUCAUCAUUUUUUGGGAAAGCCAACAUCGCGUCGCAAUGGACGUACGCCCUCAAUUUGUGGUGUCUCAAUUCGGCUGUCGUGAUGCAGGAAAUCAAAGGGAGUACGCGCUCCAUCAUCGUCACGUCAGGUACGCUGUCACCGAUGGCCUCGUAUCAGACUGAACUCGAUAUCGAUUUCAAACUGACUCUGGAGGCCAAUCAUGUCAUUCCGGCCCAACGGGUUUGGAUAGGCACCAUCUCGCAAGGACCUAAAAACACUCUACUCAACGGCACUUUUAAGGUUACUGGCACUUUCGAAUAUCAGGAUGAACUGGGCCGGUUGUUAUUGUCCGUUUGCCAGACCAUCCCGCACGGUGUCUUGUGCUUUCUGCCCUCUUACAGCCUGUUGGAAAAGCUCGUGGACCGAUGGCAGGCUACUGGUCUGUGGCAACAAUUGUCCACCUCGAAAACGAUUGUGUGCGAGUCUCGAGAUUCGCGCGAUUUCGAAGAAACGUUGAAGAGUUUUUAUUCGGCCAUCGAAGAUAGCGAAAACGCCUUAAGCUGCAAUUUGAACGCCUCGUGUGAGCUAUCUAAUGAAAAUCCUGAGAAAAAGAAAAGUGACUUCCCUAGCGGGGCCGUCAUGCUGGCCGUAUGUCGAGGAAAAGUCAGCGAAGGCUUGGACUUUACCGACAAUAACGCCAGGGCUGUCGUCUGUGUCGGGAUUCCAUUUCCUAAUUUCAAAGAUACUCAAGUCGAACUUAAACGACAGUACAAUGAUAAACUAUCUGCCACUACCCCUUUGCUCAGCGGAUCUGAGUGGUAUGAGAUUCAAGCCUUCAGGGCAUUGAAUCAAGCACUUGGACGGUGUAUCAGGCACAGAGCCGAUUGGGGAGCCAUUCUUCUUGUGGAUGACCGUUUUGCAAAGACGCCGCGAUACGUAAACCAGUUGUCCAAAUGGGUCCGGUCUUCUAUUCGCCACUACAACUGCUUCCCACCCAUGUUAAAUUCGCUAAAAGAAUUUGCUGAUAAUUUUGUGGCUGAAGACGCUGCUUCUUUAAUUGCCAGCCAGCAACAGUUAAUUCUAUCAACACAGCAAGAAUCUCAAUCGUCUACUGCCAUCGUCGCCUCUUCGCCGUAUUUCGCCAAAUCUAGUGCUGCAGCCGCUGUUGCCGUCUCGUCGCCCGAAGUAGUUUGCAUAUCGGAAGAUGAAGGCGAUACCCGUCUAUCUGAAAGUGGUAAUUCAACAAUCGAAAUUUCGCCGAUGAAAAUCAACCGACGUGCACACGAGAUGAAUGUAACACCCGUCAGGCCUCCUGCUAGUAAACCGGCGCCCGUUGCGCUGCAUCCGCAAGAGACGAAGGCGACACCAGUGCGCGUGCGCGUGGCCGGCAAGAAACCCUUUGCGACUUUGCUAGGGAACUCCAACAAAUUGUCGAUGUCGCAGAGGAAAUUGGCUGCCGAAAAUGGGUCUCACUUUUUCCAAACCACGAGUACAACUUCCGGAGACAGUAAAUUUUCUUAAUACGUACCUUAGUGCACACAAUACGUUAUUCUCUAAUCAAGUUGUUGCCAAUGUUCGCCAUUCCAAAUGUACCUUUAUCAUCCGUCUUUCAAACACCUUCUAGUUUUAGUUGGUCGCCGAUAACACGUACAUUUGAUUUUUGUUAAGUCAUUAUACUGUUUACCGUUACCUUGGAAUUAUCACGUAUUUUUCUAUAGCAUUUUAGGGGAAAUAGCCACCAUUUGAUAAUCGCUGGAUGCCUGAUUUUCGUAA